UAAACCUCAUCGAAGAAGAAAAUCACUUUCGUUGGCUAGUGGUAGACAACAUUCUACAGUGGUUCUAUUUUUCUUGUUCUGUUUGGUGAUAUUGGCAGCUUAGUUUAACAUAAAUAAGCAUAAAUAACAUAUGUGAGUUGUACUGUACAGGCAAGCUGAAAGAUAACUAAGUAAAUGCAUAGACCCGGUAGAGUUCUUCAGACAGCGGAACCAUGGCAGCUGUGGGGACAUGGGGUUUCUCUCAGCCUUCCGUGGAGAGAAUACGGUCCCUGAUUACCGCUGGAGGACACGCCACAGAUGCUGUAGAGGAGGCCAUGGCAGAGGUUGAAGAUGAUCCAAAGACUGGGCUUCACAUUGUGGGGAGGGGAGGAUUCCCUAACAGUCAGGGAGUGUUGGAGUGUGAUGCUGCCAUCAUGGAGGGCAUCACUGGCAGGUUCGGGGCAGUCGCAGCACUACGGGGGGUUGGGGCUCCGAUUGGGGUGGCUCGUAGGGUGAUGGACAGAAGCCCCCACAGUCUGCUUGUUGGGGAGGGAGCAGUAGCUUUUGCCCGGGAGCAGGGCUUUACUAUAGAGCCCAAUGACAACAUGCUGAGUGCACACUCAGCCAAGGCUUACCAGGAAUUUCUGGAACAGAAGCAAAGUGUCAGUGGACAUGACACACUUGGACUUAUAGCAUUAGACAACAUGGGGAACAUAACUGUUGGAGUUUCUACUUCAGGGGCCCCCUUCAAAUCACCAGGGAGGGUGGGAGACUCACCCCUACCUGGAUGUGGCCUAUACGCUGAACACAUGGUGGGAGCUGCGGCAGCCACAGGUGAUGGUGAUAAAAUAAUGUGUCAUUGCCCAAGCUUCCACGCUGUUCAACUGAUGAAACAGGGGUCAUCACCCAACAGGGCCUGUUACACUGUCGUGGAUGACAUCAUCAGGAGGACUGCCCCGGACAAGUGCUUUGAGAUUGGACUCAUCGCCCUGAAUGUGAAGGGUGAAGUAGGGGCUGCCUCUUCAGUGGAGUUUCCCUACACAUUCUGGAUCCAGGGGAAGGACUAUGUGGAAACAAGUACUCAGCUUCCAAAUUCCACAGAAAUGGAAGGCACAGAAAAAUGUGACACAUGUACAGUAAAAUAAAGGGUGUGUCAUUGUUAUCAGUGGUGUCUUGAAUUGUAUUGAUAGUAAUUGAUAAUAAAACUAUUUUAUGUUUA